ACUGACAGCGUUUGAUCUUUUCAUGGUUGGCGGAUGAAUGAAAAAUGAUAAGAAGUAACUAUAAAUAGACAUCCUCCGCCAUAUUCGAUACCGGUAUACAUUGUACAUGGAGACAUUCUGAGGUCAACUAUAAGAUGGCGCUGCCCAGGUUACCAUUCCUAAGCCUGACUACAAUUCUGGUUGUUCUUAGCCACCUCUCUACGGCCGUCGACCGAUCAAACUUCAAGACAUGUGACCAGAGUGGAUUUUGCAAACGGCAUCAUAAUAUGCAGCCGGGUGCCUCAGCCUACGAGGCAUUGAUGGAUACUCUAGACAUUAAAGAGGCUGGGUUGACAAUGACUCUGUUGAAUGCAAAGGACAGUGUUAAGUUCAAGUUAGAGGUGUCGGGGCUUUCGGGCGGAAUGGUUCGAAUGAGGAUAACUGAGCUUGAACCUUUACGGCCAAGGUAUGAGCCACCUGUUGGUGAUACUCUGGUGAGUGAACCAGAGUUGGGUGGGAUAACCGUUGAGAAGAAAUCUGACCAAGUUUUGGUUGGAUAUAACGAGUAUCAGCUUGUCAUCCAGGCAAAACCAUUCAGACUUGACAUUGUAGAAGGCAACACCCUAAUCCUCAGUGUCAAUUCCAAGGGGCUGUUGAAAUUCGAACACUCCAGGAACAAGGGCGAUGUGGAGGUGAAAAAGCCUGAGGAACAAGCGGGAGAGGAGGCCAAGGAAGGGGAUGAGGAAACUAAACCUGACCCUCAACCUGCUGAGGAACCUGAUCUAUGGGAAGAGUCAUUCAAGGGUCACGCUGACACUAAACCUAAUGGACCUACUUCCAUUGGUUUGGAUUUUGCUUUCCCAGGAUUUGAACAUGUCUACGGUAUUCCUGAGCAUGCUGAUUCCCUGGCCCUGAAAUCAACAAAAGGUGGCGAUCCCUACCGUCUUUACAAUCUCGACGUCUUCGAAUAUGAGCUCUACAACCCCAUGGCCCUCUAUGGAUCCGUGCCGUUGAUGCUGGCACACAACGUAGAGAGAACAAUCGGACUAUUUUGGUUGAACGCUGCCGAGACCUGGGUUGAUAUUAGUAACAGUAAAGCAGAUAAGUCUGUGUUCAGUAAGGUUGUUGACUUUGUUAAGGGGGACAAUGACUUGCCUGAAGUGGACACCCACUGGUUUUCUGAGAGCGGUAUCAUUGAUGUCUUCUUCCUACUGGGACCUUACCCUGACUCAGUAUUCAAUCAAUAUGGAUCAUUGACUGGAACCACUCCGCUGCCACCUCUGUUCGCUAUUGCGUAUCAUCAGAGUAGGUGGAACUACAAUGAUGAGGAAGACAUCAAACGACUUGAUGCCAUGUUUGAUGAGCAUGACAUCCCUGUUGAUGCUCUUUGGUUAGACAUUGAACAUACAGAAGGCAAACGAUACUUCACGUGGGACAAGACAAAAUUUCCACAUCCUGAUGAUAUGGUCAGGAACAUAUCUAAGAAAGGUCGGAAGAUGGUUACAAUUAUUGACCCACACAUCAAGAGAGAUGAUGGAUGGGAACUGCACAAAGAAGCCCAAAGCAAGGCACUCUAUGUGAAGAACAAGGAUGGGAAUGAGUAUGACGGAUGGUGCUGGCCUGGGUCGUCAAGCUAUCUCGACUUUGUUGACCCCUCUGUUCGUGAGUGGUGGGCCGAUCGAUUCAAUCCAACUCUCUAUGAGGGCUCCAACUAUCACCUGUUCACUUGGAAUGACAUGAAUGAACCAUCAGUUUUCAACGGUCCUGAAGUCACAAUGUACAAGGACAAUAAGCACUUUGGUGGUUGGGAGCAUAGGGAUGUACACAACAUCUACGGUUUGUAUGUGCAAAUGUCCAGUGCACUUGGUCUGAUCAAAAGGUCGGAUAAUAAUGAGCGUCCAUUUGUUCUGUCACGGGCAGUGUUUGCCGGUUCUCAGCGAUGGGGUGCCAUCUGGACUGGCGACAACACCGCUGAAUGGUCACACUUGAAGAUCUCUGUUCCUAUGAUCCUCUCUCUGAGUGUAACUGGCAUCUCAUUCUCCGGGGCAGACGUUGGAGGUUUCUUCAGGAAUCCCGAUAAUGAGCUCCUGACCAGAUGGUAUCAGGCGGCUGCCUACCAGCCGUUCUUCCGUGCCCAUGCCCAUGUGGACACCCGUCGCCGCGAACCAUGGCUACUUCCAACGGAGAACAAGCAGAUAAUUCGCUCUGCCAUCCGGGCACGCUACUCCUUGCUACCAUUCUGGUACACCCUCUUCUACCAGGGAGAAACAAGUGGUAGUCCCGUUAUGAGGCCGCUGUGGGUGGUUUUCCCAAAAGAUGCUGCCACCUUUGCCAUGGAUGAUCAGUAUAUGUUAGGUAAUGCUCUGUUGGUCCAUCCAGUGACCGAGAGUGGCGCGACAAGUGUCUCUGUCUAUUUCCCCGAAGGGAUAUGGUAUGAUAUUGACAACUACAAGAGAUUUGUUGGCCCCAAGACCGAGUCAAUUCCAGUCACCCUCAGCAAGACACCAGUAUUCCAGAGGGGCGGUGCCGUCAUUCCACGUAAAGAGAGAAUUCGCCGAGCCGCCAACUUGGGCCGUUACGACCCCUAUACUCUCAUUGUGUGCCUUGAUAAAGAUGGUACAGCAUAUGGGGAUUUGUACAUAGAUGACUAUCAUACAUUCCGUUACAAAAAGAGAGAGGAGUUUAUCCAUAGAGCCUUUUUAUUCCGAGAUAAUAAAUUGGAAAAUAAGAAUGUAGACAUGAAUGGUAAAUAUACCACAAAGUCUUCGCUAGAACGGGUCGUUAUUGCUGGUUUGAAGAAGAAACCAACAAAAGUAGAAGUUUCAGGUAUAUUUUAUAAAGCAAGAGCAUUGGACUUUUCCUAUUCGGGAGAGAAAUAUUUGCUUGUUAUUAGGUUGCCAAUGGUUAACAUAGGUGAUGACUGGACAAUAGCGCUGGAAUACUAAUUUUUAGGUACGAAUAAAUCUUUGUGAAAGGCGGUCUGUUCAACAACUUUUUACACCCAACUUUCAUCCAUUUUUGCCACUACUACUGUAAACCUUGAAAUUCAAUUAUGUUCAAUAGUACAUGUACUGUAAACACUUGCAAAAAUUCACCUGCUAACCUGGUACCAGUAAUUCUGGUAGCCGCCAGUGUACUUUCUGUGUACAUAUUCUUGCCGUGCUGAUGAUAUGGCUCUGUCUUGUCCCUCCAGUGUGUCCAAAAAUUUUGAUUUGGAAUGACAGUGUGCGGUAUCCUUUUCAUCUUAAAAUAUGUGACAUUAAAGAAUGUCUGGAAGAGGUCUGGAAUUGACUUAGUUGCCAGGCCUUGGACUGUGCACCUUAGGUAAAUUUGGGAUCGAUCUAGACCAUGCGAUGGACGGGACACAGCCAACUUUAGGCCACACUUUUUUAUCACUUGGAUUAAAACACAAAACCAUGUGGGAAGGGAAAAUAAAAAUGAUGGGUAAAUUGGGUCUCAAAACUAAACAAAACAAGGUCAAUUUUGAAGCAAGGGCUUCAUACUAAAAAUGAUAUUUUCAAAUGAAAUGUUUGCUGUGUUUUAUCAAAAUAUGAAAAAAAAUAACCACAAAAUAUAAAUUUUUACAGCAUGCAUUCUAAAGGCUUUAAAAGUCCUUUCGAUUAUAAAACUUUUCCUCCUUCAUUAAGAAUUGAUGUGCUGAAAUUUUAUUUUUUUUAUUCCGUUUUCUCCAAAACCACAGGGGGCAGAUUUGUAAUCCAAAUAUUAUGAUAAAAAAUGUGGCCUUACAGUAACCGUUUCAGUAAUUAGCUUCUCAGUUGUUUGUGUUGAAUUGGAUAGUGUGAUUUGACCACAGUAACAUACAUAGGGGCCUAGUUGCAAUCUCCAUGCACUGGUCUCUCAUAUGUGCUUUUGUAUAAAGUGCUCAGCAGAUUCAUCUCUAAGAGACUUUUACAAAGAGUGUCUCAAAUUUUUUCCGAAAUGAUGUGAUUGUGUUGUUGUCCUAUGAAAAGCGUCCCAGUCCAAACAUUUUCUAUUUAAAUGAAUUCAGACAAGACUGAUUUGACUUUGAUUGAACAAGCGGAGUUCUUACUUCUUACAUUGUAUUGAAAAAGUACAUGAAUAUUUCAUUGGUUUUGAAUUAUGAUGUAUUAAAAUUGUCUGAAAGGCUGCUGCUCUGUCACUCUGGUCAGGUGCUGUCUUGACCUUAGAGAUUACAAAUGUACUGCACUUGCCUUAUAAUGGAUGAUAUUAUGCUGCCAUGAGUCCGGAUGGCCCCUGACCAGUUUUAUAGUUUCAGGGCAAUCGAAGACUGACUUGACCUGUCAAAUAUCAUGAGAGUGGGCAUGUCCUUAAAAUUUAUGCUUAGAAAACCGUCCAGAAGUUGCAAAAAUACCAGCUCAGAAUGACGUUUAGACAAUUGUCCAGAUGUGAGCAGUUUUUUUCUUCAAAUUUCUUAUCUUAAUUAAUACUUAUGAUUGCGACCUUUCUCAGUGCAUGUACAUAGUGUGUUUGUAUGAUUGAGUGCAUUUUGCAUUUUGGGUUCAUAUACCAUUUGUACACUAAUUUCUUUAUAAGGCCAAGGCACAUAGAAGAUGUGUUGCCACAUAAUGCGCAUGUUAUGAUUGACACAUGAACGAAAGUUCAGGGUACAUUGCACAUUGGUUCCAAAAGACUUCUGUUCAUGCGUGAAUCGUGCCAUGUGAUGAAACACAUCAUUAUGGUGCAUGUCAUCAAGGCUUGUCAUCAUGGUGCCUUGGGCCAGGUUUACAUCUACAGGUUAUCCUGUCCUGGCCAAAUACAGCUGGUCUCAUUAUUUCAUACAUGUACAAUCAUCUUUGUUUAGGAUGGGAGCAUCAUGUUGUGAACUGUGUGCUGUUCUUUUGUGCUUAACAUGUGCUAUGUUUUUUGCGUAAUUUAAUCUAGAUAUUGAAUGUAAAUUAGAAGUGUUUCCUUGGUAGGAUGUGAGUGUUCCUGUGGUAGACUAUGACCUGUCAAAUAUGGUGCCACUACACAGAUUAUCUGGUGAAAGAGACUCAGUAGCUUAGGUGGUCAGUGCUUUUAGGUCACGGAGUUCUUCCCGAGUGCAAAAGUUAGUUUCCCUCUUGCUUUAGACAUUUUCAGGGCAUGCUACGCUACAUGUACCUUGGAAGAGCAAUCCUACCUUGCUCUAGAAUUUGUUAAAGGGUUUCUAUUGGGCCGCUCUACCUUUAAAAAUUGCUGGCCACAUUACCUUGUGUUGCACACUGGCAAAACUUCAUGAAUAUCAAGCAGGGCACCCCCACCUUGAGAAAACCUUGAGAAGAACUCUACACAAUGUACAGUGAAUUUAAGAUAAUUUAACUACAUUUGUUUUGUAAUUGUACUUAAUUGAAACGGUGGAAAUUGUCUGAUUUUCUUUUGUAUCUAUAGUACACCUCGGACACUGAAUGAUUUGCAACAUGUAUGACAUGUUGUUAUUCUGGCUUGAGUCGGGUUGCUGUCCUCGUCCUGGUGAUGAGUGCCAGUUUUGCCCCACUUUGUUAUUUGUUUAUCGUUGGCACUGGGAUCGAUAAGUGCUUUGUCAACUCGAAUGAAAAUGCCACACAACCUACAUCAUUGGCCUUUCCAUCUACUGACACUCUUUUAAAGAGUCGCUCAGUGUCUUUAUCAUAUUUCAUUCAGAGUUUUGUCUUCAUGGCAUAAUGGGUGAUAUGAAUAAAGACUAGCAAAUGCUUUUAUUUCAAUUUUGUACAGAAAGGCCUAGUGUAAAUGUACAUGGAGUUUCAGAUAAAAGCAUUUGCUAGUCUUUAUUCAUAUCACCCAGUUUGCCUUGGGAAGGUGCUUUCUAGUUUGUAACUAGUGAGCCUUUGUUCAAGAUGGCCAGGCCCAUUUGAAGGUGGAGACUUGCCUGCCAAGCUCCUCCUUCAGAAACUAUUGAAAAAUUGAAAUAAUUCUGUCUGCAAAUCAAGAGGUGUUACUGUAUUAAUGCGGCAAGCUCGCACUGUUGUUGCAUCGAAUUGAAUACACUAGUUCUUGUCACAGCAGGCUUGUCAGAAUCCUUUGUCAAAUAAAUUUUAUCCGGGUAUAAGGCUCUUGAGUUCCUUUCACAUCUCAAUUCUAUAUGCCACAAUAGAGCCAAACAAGUCAAAUGUUGUUCAUAAUAGACAUAUUCAGUUUGAUGAACCCGUGUGAAGUUGCUUUUCUCAUGUUCUGUGAACUGUACAUAAGGCCUAUCACCAUUAUCGAAGUUCUCAAUAAAACUAAAUCAGUGUCCUAA